AUGGCCACGCGCCGUUUUGGGCUGCAUUUUGUCUUUUCCAAACUAGAAGAAGCACUUAAUGGUCACAAUUUAGCAAUUAUCCGUGUUUUUGGAAUUGGACCUAUUAGCACUAGUCAAGACAGUUUAUGGCAAUUGGCACUUCUUUUACAUAUCAAGGAAUAUUUUGGAGUAGAAAUGGUCACUUCGCAAGAUCCCUUAACUUCGGAAAUUGAAGAGGAGUUUCUUCAAAGUUGUGGGAUACAAGUUCUCCCGCCAGAUGAUUUACUUUCAACACCUCCUUCUACAUUCCCAAAUGACUUCACUCUUCUUUAUAUGAUACAUUGCACUCAGGAUAUGUAUGAAAACAUUCUUUCAAGUUAUUCCAGCAAAGAAAAUGUAGACCUUCAACGGAUAAUUUUAAUUGGAAAUGACCCUAUACAGCUCUCUUCGACAACAAACAAUUUAAAUCUUCAAUGUCCAAAUUUAAUGAGCUUUACCGUUUUGUCUACAAUCAUUCCUUUGCCUUAUUUUGACCCAAAAGAAAAUUCUUUUCAUGGAACGUCUAUUUGUUUUAUUGAAGAAAACGAUGAAAAUUAA